CGUGGAAUGCCACCAGGCGGAGCCAAUGGAAGCUCAGAAAAGGCGUUUCCGUUUUUCAAGUUCUGGUGGGCGGGAACGGUAGUCUUCUCUCCAUUUUGUCUGAGGCUGUCAGCGGUGCCUGUCACAGAGUCCCGGGGAGAAGGUUGGAGAGUGCUUUUCCCCGCCUCGCAGCCAAUGGUGGGAGCCUCCAGUGGUGCUCACAGCUCCCACGUGGGACUGAAGCUCGGAGUCGCCACCAGACCCGGCCAGGGCCGGGACAGGGACCGCCAUUCCUGCAGCGGCUUCUGCUCCCGCCCCGCUCGGUCCACAGAGAGCAAUGGCGGCGCCGGAGCUGAGGAGACGGGCUGAGGUUGGCGUGACCUUUGAGGACAUUGCCCUGUACUUCUCCAGGGAGGAAUGGAGCCUCCUUGAUGAGGGUCAGAGACAGCUGUACCUGAAUGUGAUGCUGGAGAACUUUGAACUUAUAUCCUCCCUGGGUUGCUGCUGUGGAGAAGACAAUGUGGAGGCCCCGACUGAACAAAAGGUUACUGUUAGAUUGUCACAGGCAAGGAAUCCCAAGUUACCGUUGUCUUCCCAGAAGAGCCACCCCUGUGAGAGUUGUGGGAUAGUCCUGGGAAACAUUUUCCGCGUGAUGGAGCUGCAGGGAACACAACACAGACAGAUACUGUUGAGGUGUGGAGCGUGUGCAAAAAGAUUUUCUUUGUGUGCAAAAUUUCACCAGCAGCAUGUGAGAGAGCAGACUUACAUUAGAGGUUUGGAAAGGAUGUCACUUGCAAACAGCUGCAAUUUCAAUGUGUCCCAGAAUCAUUUCACCUGUGGGGAGGUUGGGCAGGGUGUCCUUACUGGGUCAGGACAUCUCCACCUAAAGGCUACUCAGACCAGGGACAGCCCAAAUUCUAUAUUGAAGCGUGGGAUAAUGUUUCAAAGGAGAAAAACUUAUUUCAGCAGAAAAGAAUGUAAGAAAGACAUUAGUUGCACCCACACGUUUAUUCAGGAAAAAGGUGUCCAUCUUGGAAGUGGGUGUUGUGUGUGCUCUGAAUGUGGAAAAUAUUGUACCAAAUUUUCUAGGUUUCAUUAUGAACAGAGAGGUGACACUGGAGAAAGGGCAUAUCACUGCAGUGAAUGUGGGAAAUAUUUUACCAGGAUCUGUGAUCUUCACUGUCAUCAGAGAUUUCAUAUAGGACAAAAGCCUUAUACAUGCAGUGAGUGUGGGAAAUCUUUUACCUGGAGCACUGCUCUUCGUUAUCAUCAGAUAGUUCAUUCAGGAGAAAAGCCUUAUAAAUGCAGUGAAUGUGGAAAAUCUUUUAAAAGUAGAAGUGGUUUCCGAUAUCAUCAGAGAGUUCAUACUGGAGAAAAGCCUUUUCAAUGCAGUGAAUGUGGAAAAUCUUUUACCACUAAGAAAGACCUUCAUCAACAUCAGAGAGUUCAUACGGGAGAAAAGCCUUAUAAAUGCAGUGAAUGUGGGAAAUCUUUUACCCAGAGCAAUGCCCUUCGUUAUCAUCAGAGAGUUCAUACAGGAGAAAAGCCUUAUAAAUGCAGUGAAUGUGGGAAAUCUUUUACCCGGAGCAUUGCCCUUCAUUAUCAUCAGAGAGUUCAUACAGGAGAAAAGCCUUAUAAAUGCAGUGAUUGUGGAAAAUCUUUUAAAGGUAAAAAAGGUCUCCAGUAUCAUCAGAGAGUUCACACUGGAGAAAAGCCUUAUCAGUGCAAUGAAUGUGGGAAAUCUUUUCCGGUUAGCAAUGACCUUCAUCGUCAUCAGAGACUUCAUACAGGAGAAAAGCCUUAUCAAUGCAGUGAAUGUGGGAAAUCUUUUACCACUAAUACCAUCCUUCAUCGACAUCAGAGAGUUCAUACAGGAGAAAAGCCUUAUAAAUGCACUGAAUGUGGGAAAUCUUUUAAAAGGAGCAGUAGUCUCCAGUGUCAUCAGAGAGUUCACACUGGAGAAAGCCAUUAUGAGUGCAAGUAAUGUGAGGUAUAUCCCAGCCAAAUUUCUAAAUUUGCUCCGUGCAUAAGAGUACAAAUGUGAGAAAUUUCUUAGAUGUGUACGAAAUGUAGUUUCUUAGUUAGGACAUAACAAUAGUACAGGAAAAUUUGUGAAUCCUCAUUUUUCUGAAUUGUAUCUCAUUUAUUUAAUCACCUAUAUUCUGUAAAGCUCCCAUGAGUGUUUUUGCUGUUGUGUUUGUAUGUUUUUAGUUGGAACACUGUGUAAUUAUGUUGCACGUUCUAACAUACAGAGAUGUCCUGCCAGAUCUACAUCACUGCAUAUUUCUGUUGCUGAAGAUAUUUCACCUGAACCACCUAUAAGGCCCCUACGGAUGGCAUCAGUCACCAUCCUCAUGUGCCCAGGGAAGCUAACUCUGUUGUCUAAUUUGUUGAAGAAAAUGAGGAAUACCUGAGCCCUUGUUUCUUACUAGUUUCCCUGUCAUGAGUCACCACAUAGGACUGAUUACUGUUGGCCCCAGAAAACAUAAUGUUGCAGAGGGACUGCCAUUUUCAGGGACAUGCUUUGCCUGAAUGUUGGUGGUGAGUUUAUUGAGUGCUUAUGUCGUCAGUGGAAGACCUGCCAGUCUCUUGUCUCUUUGGUUUGUAAAAUAAUGAAGGCUUUUUCCUAAGAAUUCUUUAA